AUGCGCUCAGCAAAAGCCCUGCUCCUCUGGGGCUUUGCGUCAUUCUCUGCGCCGGUCGCUUCUCUCGCAUUCCCUCCAUUAUUCCGCGAAGCCCGAGACAUCCAAGAUACCUCAUCGAUCGAGAAGCGCGCAGACGACAAGCCACCAGAAAAGACACCCAAAUACUUCGUCGAAGCAGGUCGUAAUAUCGAGCUUGGCCACUACGAUGGUCGUUAUUUCGAGACCAAAGUCUCGUAUGAAGAACACCGUCUUGUUCUUCGAGACUUGAUCCGAAGUUACCUAUUCACCAUGAAUAGUUUCGGCGUCGAAACUUGGAUCGCUCACGGAACGCUGCUUGGCUGGUGGUGGAAUGGCCAAAUCAUGCCCUGGGACUACGAUCUUGAUGUCCAGGUCUCCAACAACACACUACAAUGGAUAGGGGACAACCUCAACCGCACCGAGCACAGCUGGAACUAUACAGAAACAUCGACGGGAAACUUUAUCUCCAAGAGGUACCUUCUUGAUAUAAACCCCCACCACGUAGACAUCGACCGGUCCGACGGAAGAAACAUUAUCGACGGUCGUUGGAUCGACAUGCAAAACGGCAUGUAUGUUGACAUUACUGGUCUGCGCGAGCGUGAGGUGGACCGCCCGGGUGUCUGGAGCUGCAAGAAUAAGCAUCGAUACCAGAGCCAGGACCUGUGGCCAAUGCGCAUUACUGAGUUCGAGGGCGUCAAGGCCCGUGUGCCUUUCAACUUUAAUAAGAUUUUGGUUGACGAGUAUGAUACCAAGAGUUUGGUCACCGAGAGUUGGGCAGGACAUCGAUGGGAUCACGAUAACAAGAUUUGGAUCAAGGAGAACGAAGAAGAGGCGAAGCAACGCAAACUCGGGGCUGUUGAUCGCCACUUGGCUGAGGCUGCCGCCAACCCCCCUACUGAGGAAACAACGUCUACUACAGCUGCCUAG